AUGUGUGACUACGAAAAAGAACGCGCUGCUAACAUUGAGCGCAAUAAAGCACUCUUGGACGGGCUUGGACUUGGUGGUAAAGAUAAACAGCUUUUCGAAUCCAAGGCGAAACCAAAGAAAAAAGUUGUCAAGUCAAGUAGGAAGCGAAAGCUUGAAGACCUAGAUCACGGAUUCCCGAAAAAAGCACCCCGGUUCGAGGUGGCUCCCGCUGAAAUGGAAACGCGACGCAGCCAAAGAAACAUCGGCAAAGUUGUCGACUAUAACGCGGAGAACUUAGGUGGUUUACCCGUUGCUGUUUCUCUACGUGCAAGCAGAAAGAAAAGUGGACCAACAGGCAGAGAGAGUGGCAAAAGGACACAAGAUCCUAAGGUGUACGGAAGUAUACCUGGUAUCAAAGUGGGGACGUGGUGGCCAACCAGGCAAGGUUGCAGCGCUGAUGCCGUCCACGCUCCAUGGGUUGCUGGUAUAUCAGCUGGUCCACAAGGCGCGUACUCAGUCGCGCUUUCUGGUGGCUACGACGACGACGUGGAUCUUGGAUAUGCAUUGCAAGUUAUUUUCAUUCUUGAUACACACCAUCUUGAGCUAAAAUGUGGACCUUUGUCCUUUGUUGAAUUAGCACGUACACCGGAUCAGCUGCGCACUGCUCCCCAAAGCUCUGAUCAAACGUUCGAAAAUCACUUCAAUAAAGCAUUGAAGAAAUCUGCAGAGACGAGAAAACCCGUGCGGGUGAUCCGAGGCUAUAAAGCAAUGUCUUCAUUCGCGCCUAAGGAAGGAUAUCGCUACGAUGGUCUCUACGUCGUCCAAAAGGCAUGGAUAGAACAAGGUCUCAAUCCCGGCGGCUAUUUAGUUUGUAAAUUCGCUUUCCUUAGCUUACCUGAGCAAGGUCCUUUGCCUGUGAGAAGCGAUGAUGAGGAAGAUGGCAGUGAUGACAACGAUGCGGAUGCCGAUGCAGAAGAUGCGAGUCCUGCUGACGCUGAUUCCAACGGUGAUGUUGAUGAAGAAAGUUGA